AUGCUGCGGACAACGUGCCGGCUUCCAUUUAUUCCACGACGAUUUCGUCAUGCAAAAACUCACUGGUCCGAGUUGAAGAGGAAACAAUUCCCAAAGGACCGUGCUCUUAUCAGCUUCGACGACUUCUACAGCUCCGUGUUCGGUGCACGAUGGAAAAGCCUACGAAUUGCGCUACUUUGCGAGCAUAAGUACAUCGCUGUAGUGAACCAGUUCGGAGAUACUGAGGAAACCAUACAGAAGCUUCAGGCCGAUGGUGCUAUCAAUUUGCGUGACAUUUAUCAUGCCCAAAAAACUGCGCUUACAAACGAGGAUCAACAAUUAUUUGCUGGCGGAAAAGUUUUCAAGCUAGAGGAUCGCGUCGCGGCAUUCUACUCUAACCAACAGCAGACGGAAACGGAAACUCUGUACCGGGCUGAUCCCAGCGCAGCUCCCAUUACACUCGAUUCAGGUGAUGAUCCAACGACAAGAGGAAUUGAAUCUAAAGCAACCGAAAAAGCAGUAGAUUUCAAAAAAUCAUUGGAUAAAAGCUUGAAGGAUGAUUCCGAGAUCGACUAUCAGCGGCUUGUUGAUCCGACCGUGGGUUCAGCUGCGGCUCUGCACGAAUUCGUUCCAGCGACGAAGUUAAAGGGAAUGGAGGAUUACGUGUUCGAAUCGGAACACUAUAAAUACUAUAGUAAUACUACAGAUUUUCCGCUGAAUAUCGUAAUGGAGGAUUCUUUCAGCAUACCGGAAACCCUUAACCUUUACACAUACGAACGUGGCAACGUUUCUACCUUCCAAAGUCCCCGCAAGUGUUCUACGGGGGUGCUGUCGCAUUUCCUAUUUGAUGGUGCAUCGUGUUUGCCUCCGCUUGCUCUGGAUGUGCAACCAGGUGAACGGGUUCUAGACGCGUGUGCGGCGCCUGGUGGUAAAUCCCUGCUGCUCAUGCAAACCCUGCUCCCCGGUACGAUGGUUAUGAAUGAUCAGCAAGAGAGCCGCUGCAAUCGCAUUCACCGGUUGAUGCGCCAGUAUUUAUACGAUUUCGAUAAGAAAUGGAAACAGAAACAGUGCUUUAUCACCCAGUCCGAUGCCCGCAACCUGCAAGAAUAUUCCAUGUACGACAGAGUACUGGUGGACGUUCCAUGUACCAACGAUCGCCACUCGGUGAUGGAGAACGAUAAUAAUAUUUUCAAACCUUCGCGCGUUAAGGAGCGCUUACGCAUACCCGAGCUUCAGGCGGGUAUUUUGAGCAACUGUUUGAAGCUAUUACGACCCGGCGGUACAUUGGUGUAUUCGACGUGCAGUCUAAGCCCGGUGCAGAACGACGGAGUCGUGCAUAUGGCUCUAAGUAAUGUGUUUAAUGAAAUGGGCUUAACAGUUACGAUAAAAGACCUCAGCUUAAUGUUGAAACCGUUGGAGGACAUCUUCAAGUUCGCUAAUCCUGCCACAUUAAAAUACGGCCAGCUUGUUCUUCCAUUCUUGCCGGUCAAUUUCGGACCAAUGUAUAUAUGCAAAAUGGUUCGCAAUGAGUAG